CUACGUAGUGCGUGACGUCACAAGAUGGCUACACACAUAGUCCCUUCUUCAACAGUUUCACGGAACAGUGCUUGUGAAUAGUCGUUCGGCGAGUUACGCGUCAGUUUAGUAUUAUAGUGAAUGGUGUUCCUGCGUUAGUGUACGUGAUUUGGUUGUUUAGUUUCUGUGCACUAAACUGGUGAUCUGUUUUUCUUUGCUGUGAAAAUUUCGUUGCCUGCAAAAUGCCGUAUCGUUGUUGUGUGCCGAAUUGUAGAGGAAAUUACGACGGUGGACCAAAAGUAACCGUGUUUAAAUUUCCGGAGGAUGAAGCAACGAGGAAGAAAUGGUUGUCAAGUAUUCGCAGACAUAACUUCACUCCUUCUUCAAGUUCAAGAGUAUGUCAUGUUCACUUCCACAAGGAUGAUGUUAUUUGGGAAACACAAAUUGUGGAUGAAAGGACUGGUCAGUUAUUAAGAGCCCCCCUUCUCAAACCACGUUUGAGACCACAUGCAGUUCCAUCACUACUCCCAAACUGUCCUUCCUACCUUUCAAAGGAAGAAAGUAGACGUGAAGGGCCAGAGGAGAAAAAGCAAAGGCUUGAAAAUGAGCAGUUAGCUGCAGCGUUACAAUAUAGUUUAGCAUCACAGAAGGACUAUGAAAACACUUUCAGCUUCAGUUCUUUAGAAGAGUUGAUGUUGCGUACGAAGGAAGUGGAUUUGCCCAACGAGUGGAGUGUGAUCGAAAAACACAGUGAUUUUGUUUGUUUUUUAAAGAUAAUAAGAAAUCCAGCACCAUUAAUCACACAUUCUGUCGUUAUAGAUAGUAAUUUAAAUGUUUCAUUGUUUAAGAAAGAUGUACAAAUUAAGACAUUAGGAAAAAGAUCUUUUCCUGUAAUUGUAACCAAUAUCCAUGAAAUUGUCAGUGUAAUGCAGGAGUUUUCAGACACAGAUUGUGGGCACUCAGAAACUUCUAUAGAUAGUAUUGUAGAGAUAGUGAAAGACAGUCUAGGAGUGCUGAAAGACAGUUUACAGGAGAGUGAAAAGGAGAUGGUAGACUUUAUAUAUGAACAAAGUGAUUUGGGUCGAGCUUGUGGUCAUGUGGGUGACAAGGUGAAAAUCAAAUUGCAAAGUGUUCUCCAACGGAAUCCUGGAUAUUCUACACUGUGCAAAAUUAGUGACAGUCUUUCAGGGAAUGCUGAAACAUUUGAAGAGACUGAAACAAAGCUGAACUCCAGUGACCUGGCUGCCUUCAAAUACGCUCCAGUGACAUCUUGUGAAGUAGAGAGGAGCUUUUCCAGGUACAAAGCUAUCCUCAGCGACAACCGUAGACCUUUGGCAGUGGAAAACCUGAAAAUGCACCUUGUGAUUCAGUGCAACUUUGCAGAUACUGAAGAUUGA